CCCAGAAGAUGAAUUUCAUCUUUUAAUUUAACUUCAGCUGCUUUCUAAAAAGUCUGAAUGUCCAUAAGCAAACAAACUCAAGCCGUUGGACGAUCCGAACUCAACUUCCCAGCAUUCAUAUCGGCAAAGAAUAUGGUUGCGCAGAGCUUCAGGUGCUGAAGACUGUGUGCAAGUAGUUACUUGCAGCAAUGCCAACUUUUAUCGUAUUUGUAUUGCUUUUGGCCUCCAGCGUGUCUGCGUCGGAUUCAAAAGUCUCUCAGGAUGCCCGCAGUCUCACUGAGAGCUAUUUCAUGUGGUUAUGGCACAGCAGGUUGUACCUGUACUCAGCUGCUGCGCUUGUUUUUGGGCUCUGGUUCUUACUGAAGAAGAAAAGCGUUUCUAAAGAUGCCAGCAAAGAGAAGAACGACAAAGUUGACAAAGCUGCAAAGAAGAACGACAGAGAGACCAAGGAGGUUCAUGUGUCAGGAGUCAAAAUCUUCUAUGGCUCACAAACCGGGACUGCAAAGGGCUUUGCGAACGAGCUGUCAGAGGAGGUGAAGUCUUUGGGUUUACCAGCCGAGGUGAUUGACAUGAAGGACUACGAUCCAGAUGAUCAGCUUGCUGAUGAGUGCAUCAGUAAGUCGGUGUGCGUGUUUCUUGUGGCAACUUACACUGAUGGACAGCCCACAGAAAAUGCUGAGUGGUUCUGCAAGUGGCUCGAAGAGGCAUCCACUGACUUCAGAUAUGGGAAGACCUACUUGAAAGGACUCAGAUAUGCAGUGUUUGGCCUUGGAAACUCUGUCUAUGUUGGCCAUUACAACACGGUGUGUAAAAAUGUGGACAAGUGGCUGUGGAUGCUGAGUGGCAGACGAAUCAUGACCAGGGGAGAAGGCGACUGUAAUGUGGUGAAGAGUCUUAAUGGCAGCAUCCAGGCAGACUUUCUGACCUGGAAGGUCAAGUUCCUAAACCGCUUAAAGACUCUGGCAAAGGGCGAGAAAAAGAGCUGCAGUGGGAAGUGCAAGACUGAGGGCUCCUGUAAGAACAAGAGGAAGGAGCGACAGGAAGAAGAGAAGAAGGCCUCUCCACAGAAUAACAGCUCUGAGGAUGAUCUAGUGGAAUCCAGCAGUGAUGAAGAUGAGUCCGGUCUGCCAGAUGAGAAAAAAACGGUGCUGGACGUGGAGGAUCUGGGAAAUAUUAUGAACAGCGUUAAGAAAGCAAAGAGCAAAGAGGAGAGUCAAAGAGACGGCCAGAUGGUGAAGCUAUCCAAAUUAAACGGAGUGCAGAAGAUUGAAGACGAAGGGGAAAGAAGGGAGAUGAUCACCCCUGCCCUCAGAGAAGCACUGACAAAGCAAGGAUAUAAACUGAUUGGGAGUCACUCAGGAGUGAAGCUUUGUCGAUGGACUAAGUCUAUGUUGAGAGGAAGGGGAGGUUGUUACAAGCACACUUUCUACGGUAUUGAGUCCCACCGGUGCAUGGAGACUACCCCCAGCCUCGCAUGUGCUAACAAGUGUGUCUUCUGCUGGAGACAUCAUACCAACCCUGUCGGCACUGAAUGGCGCUGGAAAAUGGAUCCUGCAGAGAAAAUCUUGGAGGAUGCCCUGGAAAAGCACCAGAACAUGAUUCGACAAUUCAGAGGUGUCCCUGGAGUAAAGCCUGACAGGUAUGAGGAGGGCCUAGCAGUCAAGCACUGCGCCCUGUCCUUGGUUGGUGAACCAAUCAUGUAUCCUGAAAUCAACAACUUCAUUCGCCUCCUCCACCACCAUCAGAUCUCCAGUUUCUUGGUAACCAAUGCGCAGUUCCCCCAGGAAAUCAGGAGUUUGGUGCCAGUUACUCAGUUGUAUGUCAGUGUGGAUGCCAGCACCCAAGACAGUCUGAAGAAGAUCGACCGGCCACUUUUCAAGGAUUUCUGGCCGCGCUUCCUGGAUAGCCUCAAGGCCCUGGGAGAAAAAAAACAGAGGACGGUGUACAGACUGACGCUGGUCAAAUCCUGGAAUGUGGAGGAGAUGCAGGCUUACUCAGAGCUCAUAGCAUUGGGCCAGCCAGACUUCAUUGAGGUCAAGGGGGUGACAUACUGCGGAGAAAGCUCUGCGAGCAGCCUGACGAUGGCAAAUGUUCCCUGGCACCAGGAAGUGGUCACCUUCGUUCAGCAGCUAGCUGACAUGUUGCCUGAAUAUGAGAUUGCCUGCGAACAUGAGCACUCAAACUGUCUGCUCAUUGCACACACCAAGUUCAAGAUGGAUGGCGAGUGGUGGACAUGGAUCGACUACGAACGCUUUCAGGAACUGAUCCAAGCUUAUGAUGAGAGUGGAGGACAGCAGACUUUCUCUGCCUUGGACUACGUAGCCAAGACUCCCAGCUGGGCUCUGUUUGGAGCCCAAGAACAAGGUUUCGACCCUGCUGAGACACGUUUCCAACGACGCAACAAAAGCAAAGACAUCUCAGGAUGCUGAUAGAUGGAUGAGCGAGCGAGAGAAACCAGACAGAGGUAGAGUUGCUAUAGUGAGCGCCAAUACUUAAAUAAAAAACGGAAAAUUAAGGGUUUGUUGUUUUUAUUGCUAUCUUCUUGGAGCUUCAGAGUUAUUUGUGUGUCUGUAUGUCCACAGCUGCCUUCCUUGUCAUGUGGACUCCCUGGUUUAAUUUUUCUUAUAUUUCAUUUCUUUUGACAUAACCUCUAAAAUCAGCCAUGGACCAGAAGAAAUUUACUCACUUCUAUUUUCUAGGAAUUUGCCGGAACAUCAGGUUAUUGCUUCUUUUUCUUCAUAGAUGUGCCUAGAUCUUUAAAAUACCCCACUUUUUGAAAUUAUUAUUAUAAAUAUGAAUGGCAUUGAUCCUUGUAAUAAGGC